AUGGACCAUCCUAAUUCUCGAGUAGACAAGGCUGUAAUGCGACAAUCGCUGGCCAAGCUUACUCCAUGUGAAAUGGCCGAAAUAGGCAAGACCUUUGAUGCGCUGGACACGGAUGCGAACGGCUCCGUUACGGACGACGAGCUGCGCGAGUUUUUGAUGCGCUUGGGCAUGCCCUUAGUAACUUCCAGUAUUGAGCAAAUGGUGGCGGUGUUGGAUAAAAAUGGUGACGGGAAAGUGACACGGGACGAGUUCUUGCAUUGGUACAUUGAGUCCAUGCGGGAGGACCGAUCAAUGCAUGAACGUGCUAUUGAGCUUUUCCAUCUCUUUGACACCAACCGCAACGGGGAGAUUACCAUUGGUGAUUUUAAGGAAAAAUUUGACGCAAUGCACAUGGGAUUUUCAGUGGACGAGAUUGGAGCCAUUGUGAACGAGCUAGACCGAGAUCGAAAUGGAUCAGUCUCGUUGCACGAAUUCGAAUACUUUUUGGAAAAGUAUUAUCCCAAGGAGCUGCUGCGCUAUCAAAAAGGUGGUGGGACGGGCAUUCAGUUGCACAGGAAUGCCGGGCAGGGACAUCCGUAG